GGUGCAGGCACGAGGACGACCGAGGAGGAGGAGGAGGAGGAGGUGGAGGAAGAAGCCAGCGCAGACCCGCCAAAACUAUCACACAACAUAAGCAUACCGGUUCUCCUAACUGCAUUUUCGGUCGGUUGGGCGACGGAGAGAAAGGCGCCAUGUCAAAGGAACCACGGGGCAAAGCCUCGGCCCGGAAGCACAGCGCCGCCCACUGGUGCCUGCAGAACAUCGCGCAGGAGUCCGUCGACAGCUCCGACGAGGAGUUCUUCGAUGCAAAAGACGUGCUGGAGGGGAAGAGCGCCAUGCUGCUGGGCAUGAGCCAGUGGAACUCCAACGACCUGGUGGAGCAGAUCGAGACGCUGGGCCACAUGGAGGACCAGGCGCACGCGGGUCUAUACCACCUGGGGGACCCCCGCUGUCCCCCCCAGAACAGCAUAGAUGGUCUGGAGGACACCCCGAAGAAGUGCCGGUCCCACGUGCUGCUGCUGGUGGUCCACGGCGGCAACAUCCUCGACACGGCCAGCGGGGACCCCAGCGCCAAGGCGGGCGACGCCGCCACGCUGGCCUCCGUGCUGGAGAAGGUGACGCGGGCGCACUUCAAGGCGGCGGCGGAGCACGUGGUGAUCCGCCUGGUGCCCUGCCCGGCCGUCUGCGCCGAGGCCUUCUCCCUCGUCUCACACCUGAACCCGUACAGCUACGAUGAGAGCUGUGUGUCCAGCAGCGUGGACCACCUCCCCCUGGCCGCACUGCCACUCCUGGCCAUCGCCUCCCCGCGAUACCUGGACGCCGUGGAAACGGUCAUCGUGCGGGCCAACCAGGUGUACCAGAGCUUCCUGCACUCGGAGGACGGCCAGGGCUUCACGGGCCAGGUGUGUCUGAUAGGGGACUGCGUGGGCGGCGUUCUGUGCUUCGACGCGCUGUGCUUCAGCCAUCAGAGGGCUGGCAGUCCUGGCAGCCAUCAGAGGGCUGGGAGCCCCAGCAGCAGCAGGAACAACAGCACCGAGAGCCUCAAGAACACCCAGGGCCUGCUGGGCGAGUCCAACCCCGGCCUGAGCUCCAGCAAGCGUCUGAGCAAGAGCAACAUCGACAUCUCGGCCCCCAACGAGGGCAACGGCCCCGGGCCCCGCUCCCCCCUCAGCCGCAAGCAGAGCGACUCGUACGACGGCGACACCGGAGCCUCCACGGGCCAGCACCACAGCUUCUUCUCCAGCCUGAUGAAGGAGAGCCUGGAGGUGUGCUCCAGUAACAGCGGCUACCUGGUGCUGAACCCAGGCCGCUUCGACUUCGACGUGUCGGACUGCUUCCUGCUGGGCUGCCCCCUGGGCCUGGUGCUGGCCAUGAGGCGCACGGUGCUGCCCACCAUCCAAGUGAGCCAGCUGCACCCGGCCUGCUCCCAGGUGUUCAACCUGUUCUACCCGUCGGACCCCUCGGCAGCCCGGCUGGAGCCCCUGCUGCAGGCCCUCUUCCACCGCCUGCCGCCGCUGGCCGUGCCCCGCUACCAGAGGUACCCCCUGGGGGACGGACGCUCCGCCCUGAUAGCAGCAGGACUAACUCCUGUCCACUGGGCCCCAGACCUCACCGUAGCAGCCGAUUAUCCCGUGUUCCUGAGCGACGGCUACGCCGCCCACCUCUCCACCCUGCAGUUCGGCCACCGGGCGCGGCCCAAGAAGACGUCCUCGGUGCGCAUGGUGCUCCGGAAGGGCUCCUUCGGCCUCUCCGCCAAGCCCGACUUCCUCUGCAAGCGCACCCACCUGCGGCGGACCAUGUCGGUGCAGCAGCCCGACCCCCCCUGCACCCCCAACCCCAAGCCCGAGAGGGCCCAGAGCCAGCCCGAGUCGGACAAGGACCCCGGCGGGGGGGGAGGAGGAGGAGGAGGAGGUGGAGGUGGAGGUGGAGGAGGAGGAGGAGGAGGAGCAGCGGUGCACGGUGUGUGGGGACGGGCCUCCAUGCACCGGGGGGACACCACCCCCUGACGUCCAGCCCGGAGAGGGAGGAGGUC